CCAGACUAGUUUAAAAGGCUGGAAGGCGGGCUUCAGGAACUAGUAUCCUGAGAGUGCCAGAGAAGAGCCUGUUUGGCACAGCCAUGGCCCGGCAGGCAGGGAGCUCUUGGCUGCUCCGUGGUCUCCUGCUCUUCACAUUGUUCGCGUCCGGCGUCGCUCCCUUCAACUGGGAUCUCCCGGAGCCCCGCAGCCGAGCAAGCAAGAUUCGAGUGCACCCUCGGGGCAACCUCUGGGCUACCGGUCACUUCAUGGGAAAGAAGAGUCUGGAACCCCCAAGCCUGUCACUGGUGGGGACAGCACCCCCUAACACCCAGAGGGACCAGAGACUACAGCUGAGUCAUGAUCUGUUCAGGAUCCUCCUGCUAAAGCAAGCUCUAGGCAUGAACCUCAGCGGCCCAGCUCCCCCACCCCAGCACAGGAGACUGCUGGAGCCAAUACUACAGAAGUGAUGCCAAUAAUGGAACAAACACGAUGCUGGGCUUAGAAUGUGUCCAUCCAGAGCAGCUGAGGAAUGGAACCCUAGCAGUGGCCUCCUCUGGAUGUGAAGCCUAAGCUCAACUGUGUUACUCUGUUACUGUGAUUUCUGGUUGGGUCACCAGGAAUGUUGACAACAGACACAAAGUCUUUCCUGCUGUAUUUCUUGCUUCCCUGGUGAAGUUAUGAAUAAAAAUGCUGCUCUU